AUGGUUGCCAUGUUGAAACAUUUUGCCAAAGGAAUUGCACCAGAUUCUCUAGAUGAUUACACACAAAUGGCAGCAUGCAUUAUCUACUUUUAUGCUAAGAAGUUUAUGGAUGCAAUUAUUUGGAUCUGUAAUGGUCGAUACAUGCGUCAACCCACCGCUCAAGAUACUGAGAGGAUUUUGGAAGAGAAUGAAGAUCGUGGGUUUCCUGGGGCGGUAGCUUCAUAUGAUAGAUGGAUAUGGCAUUCCUAUUUUGGGUUGGGUGGGCAUAAUAAUGAUUGUAAUGUCUUGCAUGCUUCGGGUUUGUUCGAUAUAGAACUUAAUGGUGCAUUACCUCCUUAUCAUUAUCAAAUCAAUGGAAGAAACUACAAUACGGGGUACUAUCUAGGAGAUGGAGCAUAUCAUAUGUAUGGUUGUCUUGUGCAAGCAUAUAAACCCGCCUCAAACAAUGUGGAAAGUCUUUUCAAUCAAUAUCAAGAAGCAAAAAGGAAAUACAUUGAACGUGCAUUUGGUGGUCUAAAGGGUAAGUUUGGUAUUAUAUUGAAACCAUGUCGUUAUUAUAAAAAAUCAGACAUGAAGGCAAUUAUGAGGGGGUGCUUGAUAAUGCACAAUAUGUGUGUUGAGAUGGAAUAUCGCAAUGAGGAUUGGGGGAUGAUCAUGGGACAAGAACCUCAACCGCCAAUUAAAGGAAAUAUAAGGCUACCUCCUCAAGUAUUUUACAAUCCGGCGCGUUGGGUGGAACUUCGCGAAGAACUCACUACACACAUUUGGCUACGACAUGGAGAUGGUUUGAGAUAUGGAGAUAUUCCGAACCUAGUAAUGGAUGAUGCCUUACCGGAAGUUCAUGAGGGUACAACCGACGUGGACACCGAUGAAGACCAAUAUGACCCUCAAGGAGAUGGAGCAUUUUAUGAGAAUGGAGAGUAA